CCCGGCUACGACCAGUGGGCGUUCGCCGCGGCGGCCGGCGGCGGCGUCAAGCCCGAGAUGGCGGCCAACUCGUGGUGGGACAUGCACCAGCAGGCGGCGGCGGCGCAGGCCAAUUGGCUCGAGAUGUCGAACGCGGCGGCGGCCGGCAUGGGCGGCAUGUCGGGCAUGCCGCAGAUGUCGUACCCGGUCACGUCCGACUACUCGUCGCUGGGGCUCGGCUCCAACGCGCACCUGCUCUCCUCCGGCCAGCACCUGCUGUCCGACUCGUACAAGUCGAUGCUGCCCGGCCAGGCGAUGGCUGGGUCGGUGGGCUCGCCGUUCGGCCUGAGCGCGGUGGGCAGCGCGCGCUCGCAGCGGCGCUACACGGGCCGCGCCACCUGCGACUGUCCCAACUGCGCCGAGGCCGAGCGGCUCGGCCCGGCCGCCGCGCUCCAGCUGCGCAAGAAGAGCGUGCACUCGUGCCACAUCCCCGGAUGCGGCAAGGUCUACAACAAGACGUCGCACCUCAAGGCCCACCUGCGCUGGCACACCGGCGAGCGGCCGUUCGUCUGCAACUGGCUCUUCUGCGGUAAGCGGUUCACGCGCUCGGACGAGCUGCAGCGCCACCUGCGCACGCACACGGGCGAGAAGCGCUUCGCCUGCCCCAUCUGCAACAAGCGCUUCAUGCGCUCCGACCACCUAGCCAAGCACUCCAAGACGCACGCCGAGGGCGGCGGCAAGCGCGGCUCUGGCAGCGACUCCGAGUCGCAGAGUGAGGGACACAGCGUCAACUCGCCGGCGUCGCUCUCGAACGGCGCGGCCACCGACGACUGCAAGCCGCCGGUAUAGGCCCCGGUCGCGGGGGAA